AGAAAGUGGGAGAUGUCUACCAGCUGGUGUCUAUUCUAUUGAGAAACUAUACUUGCGGCUGCUGUACCUUGAAGAUCUAAGUGUGAGUCUCACAACCCUGAAAGCUUUGUCUUCAAAAUUCAUAUUGACUACAGGUAUGUCACUUUAUUUGGAAUUUAACUAUUAAUAUUCUUUAGUUGGUGAAUGUAUCUAUCUAUCUAUCCGUCUAUCCGUCUGUCUGUCUAUCUGUGUCUCUGUCUGUCUGUCUCUCUCUAUCUCACUCAGUCUUUGGAAACUAUGCUACAACUAUCCAGUGAUGUUUAAAAUAUAAACACACACACAUUUUAAUGUCCCCAAAUCCUGAAAGUAGACACAAUAAUAGCUACAUUUUGUGCAGAAUCCUUAUCCUUCACGCCCUUUUCUUUCUGUCUCCCCCUCUCUCUCUGUCGAAGCUAUCACUCAGCAGAACAUAAGGUUGUCUUUUAUAAUCUUUUUGUUUCUUUCCAAAAAUGGAAGAAGAGCUUCUUUUGAGCCAUUAAACAAUAUUAGUCUGCUUAAUAUGAUAAUAAACUGCUUUUUAUUUUAUCAGCUUUACCAAGGGUCUCUAUCUUCUGCAGUAGACUAGGAGAGUACCGGACUACAUUUGCAUGGAUAUGUUUAGUUAUUUGUAGCACUAACUUUGUUUGUUAUGUUCUUACACACAAUGUGACAUCUAGAAAACAGUCCUGUAAAUGUAUGACUGUAGAGAGUGCAGUAAUUACUCAAAUCUACUGAAAAUGUCUUAAAGUUAUGGGAUGUAUAUCACCUGAAAGUACUGUGGUUCCGUCACCUUGUGGAACGUAAGGAUGGGUGAAGUUUUGAUGAUUAACUGGAGCUUGACCGCAUCUUGUCCUGGCAUUCCAACAAACCUACCCAAAAUACUAUUUAACGGUUUGUGUGUUACAGUCACCAAGGCAUAAAAUACAUUCUCACUGGAAUAAAACCACUACAUUUGAAAACAGUGUCCCACUGGCUGUAAAAUACCAGUAAGCCUACUUAGCAUAGCCUGACUGGGCAUGAGUGCAAAACUUCAAUGGGUUAUUUCUGAGUCACAACAAUGUGCUAAAUGAGCAAAACCCAUGAUAUACUAUAUAAUGUACAGAACAGUUUGACACAUCAUCCCCAUUGUCUCUGAAGUUUAUGUAGAUCUAAGCCCUUAUCUUUUUUUACUGUUCCAUUAAUCCAGAUCCUAGGAUUUCUGAAAUCCCCUUGACUCUUUUUCUCUGUUACAGCAAGUAUGUAGAUAGUUUAUAGACCAGAAAAGAAACUUCAGGAACCUUCAAUGCUUGACUAUGCUUCUGACAGAAAUCAGAGACAUAAAACAAUAUGUAUCUUCAAACUGCAUUGUGUAAUAAGAUUAAUAUAUGUUUUAGGAUGGAUGAUGAUGACAAAGAUGCAGCCAACAUUUCUUCUGUCCGGAAACCUCCCAGUUGACAGAAGUUAAUGGGUGAGUAUGCGUUCAGUGUCAAAACAUUAUAAAUAUUAGUUUAUUACACAUCAAACGGAAUAAAAUACAUUUACAAGCAUGCGAUAACAUUUGGACUAAUGCACUUAUCUGAUACAUCUAUACAUGCACAUAUAAUUAAAUACACAGGGCGUAAUAGCCAAAGAAUAUUUCUUGAGCAGUGUUCUGGGGGCAAAGGCUUGAGAAAUGCUAUGAAAACCUGAAAUAUUGGUGGUGGUAACAAAUAAAGGUUGAUUGUGCUCAAUUAAUUGUGAGACUCUGUCACUUAUCAUUUUGCAAACACUUUAUUCAUGGUUUUAUAAUUGAAUCUAAAUCCAGCACAUCCUUUUGUUUUGUUUUUUAACCACUUAAAAGGAUUAAAGGUAUUUUGUCACCUUGGCAAGUUUUCCCUGCCCAAUAAUGUACUCAAGACUCACGCCAAUUGUCAUGUACACAUGUUUGUUUCUGCUGAUCCUAAUCUGUUCCCAUUCACUCCUCUCACUUACUGCUAAGAGCUAAUUUUACUUUAGCAGAAUAGCAAUAAUGUCUUAUUCACAAUGAGCAUUUCAAUGAAUUUGUUCUUGGAAAUAGACGGAUGUCAUGCUGCAUGAAUGUACAGUUGUGUUUUGCUCAUUGCAAUGGAAUGAAAAACCGGAUAACUCUGUACAUACCUAAUUUUCACUACCUUAUAAUCAAAAAGGUCAUACAUCCAUAGCGUAGCUAAAUAUAGGAACAUAUUGAAAGGGGAGCUGUCACUUCCUGGGAUUUUUACUAAUAUAUUUUCUUAUUUCUAUAUUUAACAAAUAUGUAUUUGUUAGGUGUGAAAAAUACAACUAAACAUAGAAAUCCACACCUCUUUAUCCUGUAACUGGGAGCCUCCAUCUUAGCUCCCUGGCAAUUAUUGUUACGAGCUCUGUCCUUUGCUCUGUCCAGUCAGCAUUGAGAAAGAAUACAGAGAAAAGGAGAAAUGAAACAAUAUUCAUAUUUUUUUUUCAUUGGCAAUAUAUGCCUGGACUAGGCUUUGCCUGGAUUGACUUGGGUUUUGAUGGGAUUUACAAUAUUUCUUAAAAUACAAGUUUAAAAAAAAGCUGAGCGUCUGAUGAAAAAAGGGUAACGUGUUAUAAGUGAUUUUCAAUGUUUUCUUCCGCAGCAUAAAUUCCAGAGAAGUGACAAUUCUCCUUUAAUGUAUAGUUUAGAAAUGUGUAAUGCAAUAUGCUUGCUUAAUUUCGUUCUAUAGAGUGUUGUUUUAUGCUUUAUAUUGACCAUUCUUUAUUUCCUUUAUCACACAGAGGAAAAGCCACUGCUUAUGUGAAUAGAAAAUAAUGACCUUGUAAUUUGGUUCCCUUAAGACUGCAAAAUGGAAUCUAUUCAUAAAGUUGUGGAUAAUCUAGAAGUUCCUCAAAGUGAUGCCUGUAAAGAUUCAGAAGGCACAAAAGCAGUGAAGGAAGAAGGCCUGAACCAGUCCCUUCAAAACUCUAACUGGAAGCAGUUUAGUGAGAAUGUGAACAAUGAGACAGAAUUUUCCAGGUGUCCCAAAGAAUGUCAUGACAACUUAUCAACUGAGCCAAUGAGGAUGGAAGAAGGAGAGCAGAGAGUCUUUAUAAAUAUUGCAGGUCUAAGAUAUGAGACACAUCUCAAAACACUCAGUGAGUUCCCUGACACAUUACUUGGAGACCCUCAAAAAAGAAUCCAUUAUUUUGAUUCCAUGAGGAAUGAAUAUUUUUUUGACAGAAAUCGUCCAAGUUUUGAUGGAAUUCUAUAUUAUUACCAAUCUGGUGGAAAAAUAAGGCGUCCUGCAAAUGUCCCCAUAGAUGUUUUUGCAGAUGAGAUUGUUUUUUAUGAACUUGGAAAUGACGCUUUGGAUCAGUUUCGAGAGGAUGAAGGUUUUCUUAAGGAUCCUGAAAUACCGUUGCCAACCAAUGACUAUUACAGACAAUUUUGGUUGCUUUUUGAAUAUCCUGAAAGCUCAAGUGCUGCAAGAGGAAUGGCAUUGGUCUCUGUUUUAGUAAUAGUCAUCUCCAUACUCAUCUUCUGCUUGGAAACAUUGCCAGAAUUCAGAGAAGAAAGAGAUUUUCAAAUGCACAGGGAUUCAAGCAACUACACAGAGUACAUAACUUACCUAAGCACCUUGACAGAUCCUUUUUUUAUGAUAGAAACUAUUUGUAUAAUAUGGUUUUCUUUUGAACUAAUUGUCAGGUUUAUUGUCUGUCCGAGUACUUCUGAGUUCUUUCAGAACAUCAUGAAUAUCAUUGAUAUUGUAUCUAUCAUUCCAUAUUUUGUAACUCUUAUAACUGAACUUGUAAAGCCACCAGAACCUAAUGGCCAGCAAAACAUGUCUUUAGCAAUUCUACGGAUUGUCCGUCUGGUUAGAGUGUUUAGAAUUUUCAAGCUAUCAAGACACUCAAAGGGACUUCAGAUUUUAGGGCAAACCCUGAAAGCUAGUAUGAGAGAACUAGGUUUGCUAAUAUUUUUUCUCUUCAUUGGCGUAAUACUCUUCUCUAGUGCUGUGUAUUUUGCUGAGGUUGAUGAACCUAAAUCUCAAUUUGUUAGCAUCCCUGAUGGUUUUUGGUGGGCUGUGGUGACAAUGACAACUGUUGGUUAUGGAGAUAUGUGCCCUAUUACAUUGGGGGGUAAGGUUGUGGGGACUCUGUGUGCUAUUGCAGGGGUCUUGACCAUUGCUCUACCAGUCCCAGUGAUAGUGUCUAACUUUAAUUACUUUUAUCACAGAGAAACAGAGAAUGAAGACAGACAAAGUUUACCAGUGGAUCUAGAAAAGAUAAGUUUAACAAACGUUACACGUUCAGGAAGUAUAACCUCUCUGAAGAAAAACAAUGGUUCUUGUGUACAAGACAAAAAUUGUGGUAGCUAAAUGUUGGAAACUAUUUACUAAACUGGGAGUUGUUUAGAAAUGUCAAGGGGACUGUAAACGUUAGGCUAAAAAUAGACAAUUUAGAAAAAUCUCCAACUUUUUUUACAGCUCAAUAAUUUUAGACUGAAAUUUACAAUUCUGUUGUCAAUAUUCUCCAAUUAAUUGUUUAAUUGUUCUUAUACACACCAGUGUAAAUUUUUAUACUAUGCUAAAUGUAAAAUAGGAGCACACAUAGGAG